CACACAGAACCGACAGCUAGAACAGAUCCGUGAGGAGAUAUUCGCUGAUUUUUUUCUUUUACGAAAAGUGUAUUGGAUUAAAAUCGCUUACUACCCGUUUAACUACCGAUACAUUUUUCUUUUCCACGGCAAUAGAAACACAUUCUGAGCUAUCUGUUGGCACUUCUCGCUCGCCGUACCGUACCGGGGAGGGGCGUGGAAGCAGACUACGCACUUGCGGGAGCAUCAAACAGCGAUAGGUAUUAAAUAGUACAUCUAUGGUAAUAAUGCCACGGUUUUGAGUAGUGAAAUCAUUUUCAGUUCGCGUGAAGUCAAUACGCACUAGAAUAAUUACCUGCCAAGGUUUCCAAGGCUCGUUCCAUCCACACUCGUUCUACUGUUUUGCUAACAUUAGCUAGCUAACUGGCCCACAACUUACAGUAUACCGCUGAGCGCUAACGUUCGUUAGCAUCCACAAGGGGACUCUUUGUGAGGUAAAGGGCUUUGCAAAAAAUGGCCUUGUCAGACGCAGACAGUGGCUGCUCUGGUGGCGAAGAUUUCGACAAUGUUGUCACAACUUGCCUCUUGGGCGGCUUCAGCGAGAGCGACGGAACCAGAGCUCUCAUCUCCAGCCUGCAGGAGGUCCACGGGGACACGAAGGCAACGGAGUCCACCACACACAGGUUCCUGGUGAUAAUGAACAGAUACCAAGAGCAGCCCCAUCUGUUGGACCCACAUCUAGAAUGGAUGUUGAACAUGAUACUGGAUGUUGUGAGAAGUGAGAAGUCUCCCUCUUCACUGGUUCACUUGUGCUUCAAGUUUCUCUACAUCAUCUCGAAGGUUAGAGGUCACAAAAUCUUCAUGCAGCUUUUCCCCCAUGAAGUUGCUGAUCUCAAGCCAGUUCUGGACUUGCUCUCCAGACAGGAUCCCAAAGACUCUGAGACUUGGGAAACUCGCUUCAUGCUAUUGUUGUGGCUGUCAAUGACGUGCCUCCUACCCUUUGACCUUUCUCGUAUGGAUGGACAUCUGGAAUCAGACGGUAGCAUGGCCAGGGAGCCAACUAUGGACCGCAUUUUAGCUAUUGUGAAGUCUUAUCUAGUCGUCACAGAUAGUCCCAGGAAUGCUGCACCUCUACUGGUAUCAAAGUUCAUGACACGCCCCGAUGUGACACAGAAGCAUCUCGGAGCCUUUUUGGACUGGAGCCUCGCCACUAUAUCCCAGUGCAAUGACCAGUUACUCAUAGACAUUGUUGUGCUGGAUGGUACUCUGCAGUCUCUGGCAACGAUUUUCAAACAUGGAAAACGAGGUGACCUCCUACAGUACGCUCCUAAAAUUCUGCAGUGUCUGGAGCAGAAACAUCUGUCAGAGAGCAACCAAGCCAUGCUGAGGAAGCUUGGUGUCAAACUCAUCCAGAGACUUGGCCUCACCUUCCUGAAGCCACGUUUGGCUGCUUGGCGGUACCAGAGAGGCAGCCGCUCCCUCGCCGCAAACCUUUCCGUGUCCCAGUCGGCUACAGCUGCUGAUGCUCCGACUCCUCGUGCGGAACAGGAGGAGGACUAUGAUAUACCUGAAGAAGUAGAGACAGUUAUUGAGAAUCUGCUGGUGGGACUAAAAGAUAAGGAAACCAUUGUGCGCUGGUCCGCGGCAAAGGGCAUUGGUAGGUUGGCUGGGAGGCUUCCCAAGGAGCUGGCUGAUGAGGUGGUCGAAUCGUUGCUCGACUGCUUCAGCUUCCAGGAAACCGACAAUGCUUGGCACGGAGGCUGCCUGGCAUUGGCAGAACUGGGUAGAAGAGGCCUGCUGCUGCCUUCCAGAUUGCCAGAUGUUGUGCCACUCAUCAUCAAGUCCCUGACCUAUGAGGAAAAGAGGGGAGCAUGCAGCGUUGGUUCCAAUGUGCGUGACGCCGCCUGCUACGUGUGCUGGUCUUUCGCCAGGGCUUAUGAGCCCAAAGAGCUCAAACCGUUCGUCACUGAGAUUGCCAGUGCUUUGCUGAUCACUGCUGUGUUUGAUCGAAACAUCAACUGCCGCCGAGCCGCCUCUGCUGCCUUCCAGGAGAAUGUCGGCAGACAGGGAACUUUUCCUCAUGGUAUUAACAUUUUAACCGCAGCCGACUACUAUACUGUCGGGAGUGUCAACAACUGCUAUCUGACCAUCAGUGUUUACAUCGCUAGUUUCCCAGAGUACACCGGUGCCAUGAUAGAUCAUUUAAUUGCCAUGAAGAUCAACCACUGGGAUGGUGUGAUUCGGGAGCUUGCUAGUAAAGCGCUUCACAACCUGACGCCUCAAGCCCCUGAUUAUAUGGCAACAACAGUUCUGCCGAAGUUGUUGUCCCUGGCGGUGGGUAUCGACCUCCACAGUCGCCAUGGCGCCAUCCUGGCCUGUGCAGAGAUCAUACAUGCUCUGUACAAACAUGGCCUUCAGACUGACAGGACCGUGGUGGACAUGAUUCCUUCAGAAUGUGUGGAUGCACUAAAAAACAUUCACCAAACGCUACACAACAGAAAACAGUACAGGGGUUUUGGUGGAGAACUAAUGAGGCCAGCAAUGUGCGUCCUCAUAGAAAAGCUGUCCCUGUCCAAAAUGCCUUUUAAAAAUGACGCCGUAAUUGUUGACUGGCAGUGGCUUAUUGAUGACACCAUACAAAAUCCUUAUCAUAUGUCUAGUGGAGCGAAGGAUGGCAUUAUGGUUGCAGUGGUAGCAGCCUUGUCCGCCUUGUGUGAGGAAUACUACAAGGACCAGGCAGGGCAGGCUGACCCACAAAUCCAAGAUGUCCUGGUAUCUCAGUACAUCGAGGGACUGAACAGUCAAAGGAUGCUCACUCGCUGUGGAUCUGCCCUGGCCCUCGGCUGUCUGCCAACAUUUAUGAUCCAUGGCAAACUGAAGCAGAUCUUUGAAGGCCUCCAGCAGAUGUGCGCUGUCAGCCAGAAAGAAGGGAGUUUUACUGAGGCGAGGAGAGAUGCAAUCAGAGCAAUUGCUCAACUGUGUUUGACGGUGGGCGUGUACCCCCACGGUUCCCCAGACUCUGCUCUCUGCUCAGAAAAUGUAUCCCAGGUGUACUGCACGCUGCUGGAAAGCAUGAAUGACUACACGACAGAUAGCCGAGGAGAUAUAGGCGCCUGGGUGAGAGAGGCCGCCAUGACCAGUCUGAUGGGUGUUACUGUACUGGUGGCCAGCGGUGCUCCAGAGAUCCUUUCGCCAGACAUCGUGAGUUCUAUGAUGUGCUGCCUGGCCAGGCAGGCGGCGGAGAAGAUUGACCGAUACAGAGCCCACGCAGGCAACAUCUUCCUGCACCUCCUCCAUAGCAUAGAGCCUUUGGUACCUCACAUCCCCCACCGGGAGGAGCUGGGGAACAUUUUUCCUGUUGAGACGACCACCAGUCUGAACUGGAGUGCUCCAUCCCAAGCUUUCUCAUACAUCACCCAGCUGCUUGGACUUCCUGAGUACCGGUACCACACCCUGCUCGGCCUCACCGUGUCUGUGGGCGGGAUCACCGAGUCCACAGUGAAUUUCUCCUCCCAGUCGUUGAAUGACUAUCUGACAAAGAUCCAGGACAAUGAUGUUGCUCUGGCAGAGUUUGGAGACACUUUGCUGUCCAUCUUCAGAGACAAUCUCCACAAUGACAGGGUGAUUAUUCCUUUACUUAAGAUGCUCAGUCAGAUGCUGACUAACUUCGAUAUCUUCACCAACCAAGAGAAUCGUCAGUUCUGUGUGGAUAUUUUGGCUCUUUGCAAAGAGUGCAAGAAGUCCAAAGAUAUUUUGAAACUGCGCACCUGUACAGCCGUCUUCUGCGGGUUGUUCCAGUUCCAGGGCGAUGUGAGAAAGAGCGCUCUGUCCCAGCUGCUGAUGCUGCUCGGCCAUUCCUUCCCUGUGGUGAGAAAGAACACAGCCAGCCUGAUGUAUGAGAUGCUGGUGACCUGCGACGAUUUCACUGAUCCAGAGGUGCUAGAUGAUGUCAUGACCCUGCUGAGUGAUACUAAUUGGGAGAGCGACCUCGCCACAGUGCGGCCUCUCAGGAAUCAGCUGUGUGACUGGUUGGGAGUCCCCAGGCCCCAGCCGAUCGCCAUGCAAAACCGUGUCCAGGUCCCCUGAUGACCUGCGUCUGUGAAAACCAGCAAGAAUUAACGUAGGUGGACAAACUCCUGUAGAAAACUAUGAAAGGACCAAGAAUGCUGCCCUCCUGAGAAAACCAUGACAAUAAAUGGAUGAAAACACAAA